AAAGAAAACCGCUCUUUGUGAAGAUUAGCAACGAAGAGAAAAAUUCAAAAUUCUUUACUAAAAUGAUUAUUAAUUUUGAUCUUUAAUUAAAGUUGUUUGCUACUGAAUUUUAAUUUCGUUAUCAGCACUAUUUUUCAUUCAUUUCUCUGUAUUUCAAAUCCUUACAAAUCUUUACUUGAAGAAUUAUUUUACUUAUUUAGGGUUUUCGGACAAAUUGUUAAGUCAAAUGAGACGUUCUUGAUAAUCAGUUUUAACUGCAUUGUGUAUAUAUAUGCGUUAUCAGCUACAAGUUAAGAAAUAAGGGAUCAAAAUGGUAGCUUCAAAGGGAAAACAUCAAUUGGGAAUCAAUGCAGUCGCUGAGGAUGCCCGGAAAGUUGUUAAGAAUUUUAAAGUUUUCGCAGAUAAUGAAAAGAUUAAGAUUGACGUCGGUAGCCUGAGGAAAACUUUGCCACCUAAAAAGGGAGCUCUUCUGACUGCUGCAAGUGAUUCAAAGGAGGGUUCAAAGUUUGGAGUGAAGAUUAAAGCAAUUGAAGAUGUCAAUAUCAAAAGAAGGCCACUGGCUGAUUUAAGUAAUAAGCAAACUGAAUUCUCAAGGAAUGUUACAUCUGCUGGCUUUAAACCAAUGAGGACAAGUUUGCCACUUACAAAGGGAGCUCUUCUGACUGCUCGAACUGAUUUAAAGGAGGGUUCAAAGUUUGGAGUGAAGAUUAAAGGCAAGUUUGUUAGUUCUGCAAUUGAAGAUGUCAAUGUCAAAAGAAGGCCAUUGGCUGAUUUAAGUAAUAAGCAAACUGAACUCUCAAGGAAUGAUACAUCUACUGGCUCCAAACCAAUGAGGACAAGUUUGCCACUUAAAAAGGGAGCUCUUACUGCCGCAAGUAAUUCAAAGGAGGGUUCAAAGUUUGGGGUGAAGAUUAAUGGCAAGUUUGUUAGUUAUGCAAUUGAAGAUGUCAAUGUCAAGAGAAGGUCAUUGGAUGUUUUAAGUAAUAAGCAAAAUGAAUUCUCAAGGAAUGCUACAUCUACUGGCUCCAAACCAAUGAUUGCUGUGGAUCCAAAUUCUAGGACUGUGUAUAUCCCAUCAAGAAAAUGUUCACCGGGAAGAGCAACCACAAGUCAAAGAUUUAGUUACUUUCAUGCUACAAGAAAAGCUGAUUGUAGGACCAACACUAAGAAUCUUGGUGAUCGAUCUGAAUUUAUUAAUAGCAGGAGAGGUGCAAAGAAUUCACUUGGAUCAAUGAGGAAGUCUCUUCCAGUGUUGACAGGGAACCGGGCAAAUUUUAGUUAUGCAAAGAACAACGAAAAAGGCUUAGAGAAAGCUAAGAGAAAUACGGGGUUAUCUGGUAAGGCUAAAAUGAAUAAGGAUGUAGUACCACAAGUGAGCUCAUGUAGGAACUCCAGCCUGACUAUUGUAGCCAGGGAUGGCUUCAUAUCAAUGGCUGCCAAGAAUCAAACUAAUGUGAGAUCUCAUCACUGGUCUAGGAAAUCUGGCAAGCCCACAGUAAAGACUGCAAUUAGUGUGUCCAAUGGCAAUAGGACUUUAAGAUCCAAGUGCACACUAGCUGCAGGAAAAUUCAACUCCACUGCUGCGAUGGCUUCCAAGAAACAGAAGGAAUCCGAGAGAUCUUCUCUUUUGGAAAAACUUUCUGUAGUGGUUUCCCAUGAGGCCAAUCAUGAACAUGGAUGUGAAAGCAACAACAAUUUACAUUCAAAGAAGUUGGAUGCCGCUGACCGGGGAAAAUCUGGUCGUAGAAGAUCUUAUACAUCUUCACUAAUGGCAAGAUCAAAGGAAGAAGUUUCAUGCAUAGAUGAUUAUGGUAAUCAACUGGAAGUUGCUGAAUACAUUGAUGAGAUCUAUCAGUUUUAUUGGGUUUCAGAGACUGAAAACUUAUCUCUUGCAAAUUACAUGUCAAUUCAGACAGAAAUUACUCCUAAAAUGCGGGGCAUAUUGAUCAACUGGCUGAUUGAAGUACAUCUCAGAUUUGAAUUAAUGUCAGAAACACUUUAUCUCAUGGUCAUACUCUUAGAUCAAUAUCUAUGUCAAAUCCCAAUUAAGAAGAAUGAAAUGCAGUUGGUUGGUCUUACGGCACUAUUGUUGGCAUCAAAAUAUGAGGACUCCUGGCCUCCUAGGAUAAAAGAUUUACUUAGCAUAUCAGCCGAGUCAUAUACAAGAGAUCAAAUGCUUCUCAUGGAGAAGCUUAUUCUUAAGAAACUGAAGUUUCGUCUAAAUGCACCAACUCCUUAUGUCUUCUUGUUAAGAUUUCUCAAGGCUGCUCAAUCUGACCUUGAGCAUGAUCAUUUGGCUUUCUACCUCAUUGAGCUGAGCUUGGUUGAAUAUGAAGUUUUGAAGUUCAAGCCUUCGAUGCUAUGUGCAUCUGCUAUCUAUGUUGCUCGAUCUACAUUGCAAAUAUCUCCAGCUUGGACGCCACUGCUUGUUAAACAUGCACGCUAUGAAGUCUCCCAAAUCAGGGACUGCGCCGAGAUGGUAUUAGGAUUUCAAAAAGCAGCAAGGAAUUCAGAUCUGAAAGUAACAUAUGAGAAGUACAUGAGUCCUGACCUUAGUAGUGUUGCUGCAUUAAAGCCCUUGGAUGAGCUUCCUCUUUGAUGUUUUUAUCUUAUAAGGAGCGAAUCUAGUAAUUGGGGUAAUCCUUGAUAUGGCAGGAAUGAAUCUACCAACUGUUCGAUGUGGGAUUUUACUUACUGAGUAUGAGCCAUUCAAUGCGUGCACUGUGAUUGUUAGAACUCAGUUCCAUCUGGAAGCAAUAGGACUUGGUAUCUUACGUAUCUAUCUAGUUGGAGUAUCCAUCGUUUUUGUAAGCACUUCAUAUUAUAUCGAUGGUAAUAUUUUCUAAAUCUUCUCUAGUAACUACCAUAUCCAAUGUAUAACGUAAUGUCUGCACAUCAGUGCAUUGCAUUGUAGAAGGAAUAUGCCACAUUCAGCACAAUUGAAGUACAUUUGAAAUAUAAAUAUAUUGGAAUCAAUUAGUCUAUUAA